AUGGGAGUUGCAGUUAUGAUUUAUUCAUUGAUGAGCCUUUAUAUGCUGAUCCCAGUAACACCGCAAUUAUUGGAUCGCUUUAUUCCUCUUAAUAAAUCGCGCCCUUAUAAAUACCUGUUCGAUAUUGACUACAGCUUCGACAGAGAGGUAUAUUAUUAUCCUGUAUUACUCCAUUCAUACCUGACAACUGUACUGACUAUGAGUCUCAUGAUAAUAACCGAUACGAGCUACAUAUCAUUCGCGCAACACGCGUGCAGUCUGUUCGCCGCUGUCGGGCACCGACUCGAAAAUCUAGUCUCGGAAAGAAGUUCAGAGAAAAGCAAUCGUUAUUUUAUUGAGGAUAUGAAGGAUGUAAUCUGUAAUAAGAGCAAGUCACGAGAUUACGAUGAUGAGACUUAUCGCGAACUGAUAUGUCCGUUUAUUGAAUUCUUUAUUCGAAAUGUAUUCGUUUAUGUUACUCUUCGUUACUAUCAUCGUUAUGAGUCUCUUGGGAAUUCAAGUGAGCGUGCUAUGAUAAUUUCUUUAAUGAAUCAUAAAGAAGAAAUGGUCAGAUACGUAGCGAUGGUAAUAGGUGCUUUCAUACAUCUUUUCGUUUUGAGUUAUCCCGGCCAAAGAAUAAUGGACCAUAGUGCAGAUAUAUUCCACAAAGCAAAACGGCAGACUGUUAUAAAAAGUAAUGCGUUGCAUUGCCAUUUCAGAUACAACAUGUUGUGGUACAGAACGUCGCGAAGAACAACACGGUUAUUGAGUAUAUUACUUUACAGGGGCUUUGUGCCUUGUACAUUAACGGCUGGUAAAAUGUACGUGUUAUCGAUGGCGAAUUAUGCUUCGAUGAUGCAGGCAUCCAUGUCUUAUUUCACCGCCCUUUCAUCGUUUAAUUAAAUAACUUGCGGUAGAAAGAAAAGAAGAG